AUGUCAGUAUCGCAGUCCAUACUGAGCCUUGCCGCUCGCGUCGUGGGCAAUAAGCUUGUGCGACCUCAUUCUACCGAUAUACUCUCCUCCGCACAACCGAGACACCCGAAGGGAUCAAGAGUCACCAGAAUUCCAUCGAGCUCGCAUGUAAAGAACAAGGAUAUUCCCAAGUUGAACAACGAGUACAACGACGCUAGCUCAUCCUGGAAGGCAUCUCGCGGAAGUCUGACAACGAACCCGUGGGAGCUCGCAAUCUUCAAGCACGCCCAUCACGGAGUUAAGAUCUCGAAGCCAGUAGAGAUCAUGGCAUCCAAGCCAAUAGAAUUUUCUUUAGUUUCUAUUUGCGGCGGGUUCACGGCCUACCUUACGUCAACUGUCCAAGUCCUGGCUUACUUUCUCUCCAACACGUUACGGCCAGUCGGGCUGUGCGACGUUGACUACAUACGAAGACCACUUCGAUCCGGGAGCGGGCAGAUACAGUGCGGUGUAGCCACUACGUUGAUGCUUGACCAGCCUCUUCCGACCCCUUAUCCGCCUCUCAAUUUCGCCGAGCCUCCCGUGCGAGCUGCCCGACGAGGUAGAAAUUCACCCCGCCGUUCAUCACAGCCCUGCUUGACUGGGGUUCAUUCAUCGACUAUGGGAAUGGGGGAAGAUGAUCAUCCAGACCUGGACAAGAAAGAGGAGGCAUGGGAAACAGUGGCGAGCAAUGUUUCGGAUCCGCAAAAGUGCAUCGAGGAGUGCAGAGCUCAGGUCCUAACAAGAGUGGUACCGGGCUUUAACGGAUCAAGGUACAAUGAGGUGUGCAAGAAGCUACUGUCGGAAGGAGAGGACGCGAAGAACACUUUAUGGGAACUAUAUUGCUGCGACGCGACUGACUGCGGGGUUCGCUGGAGUGAGAAGCUAGAACUGGGACAGGAUCCCAGCGUAAAUAUGGUUAUUAAUGUAUGCCAAAACAUCAUCACACCAGCGAUUAAAGACCCAGGCCCUCCACCAGACGACCGCUUCUGUCCGAUAUCGUUGAACGGACCAUAUAUCAAUUCGGAUCCAGUCCCGCGGUACAAGACAGAUUCAAGAGGAGAAGGAUCAGUACUCACCGACUUCGAGAUAUUGGCCACCGGCUUAUCAGAAGAGAUGACACCGACUAUGUCAUCGAUUGUAUCAUCGGUCUCAAAAACGUCGACACAUUCAACAACUUCAGCGACAGUAACUCCGACAACCUUCGUUCCACUUGCAAAUCAGUCUCAAAGCCACCGAAAAGUCGGGCUGUCUAUGGGAACCAAAGUUGCCAUAGGCACGUCGUCUGCCAUAGCCUUCCUCGCAAUCAUGGCCUUCGUGAUAUGUCUUUUCCGUCGUCGCUCGCAGGACGAUUACGGUCAUAGCCUCAAGAGCGAAAUCGGGCAUCCUAACCCCCGACCAGACACGUCGCCCACGCCCCUUUCGGGCCACUUGUAUGCUAUACGCGAAGGCAUCCGUACGCCUUUGACACCUCCACCCCGUCUUCAGCAACGAAGGCUGCUUUCCACCCAUGGGAGCACCGGAAGACCAAGCAUCAACAUCAACGUCUCCAUCCCAGGAACUCCGCUCGGCGCCUCAGUCGAAAAGGCAGGUGGCUUUUCACCGUCCCGCUUCUCGCCAGGCUUAACACCUACGCCUUCGACAAAUAGAAUCCCUCCGAAAUACGACCGCUCCACAAAGCCAUACUACGGCGUUUCUCCACCACCGAAUGUAUUCGGUGGUGGCGCCGGCCUCCGAUCCUCCGGAAAGACGUCGAGCAUGAGCAGCGCGGCCAGCAGUCGCACCGCCACCACCGUAUCCAACGUAUCAAGCAUAUUCCCGCACAUCACGCCCUCAUGGCCGAUACGGCCUCCGCGCCCUCAUGAGAAGCCGCUACAUAUACCAGAUCUGGUCUGUCCUGGUCCUCCUCCGGCUCGCUCGCUUCCUCCGGCACCUCCUGGGAGUCCCGCGAGUCCCGUGUCAUUUCACAAGAAACUACUACUGCAGCACCAGCAGCAGCAGAAACGAGGGGACAGUUUCGAUAGUGUCAGCGCUGCUGUCAGCGAUGGGUGGGUUCCGCCUCGGAAUCCUGCCCGGGGCGUGGUAUUGGGGAAGGAGUCGAGGGACUUGUGUGAGUUGACAGAGACUUGUGCAAGAGAGUCUCGAGAAAGGAAUAGCUGGGGUAGCUGGAGUAUAGGAGGUGGUGGAACAGGUGUUGGGACGAGUUCGGUGCAAAAAGGGGGUGGUGUCAAUAGUCCCGUGUUGGAGGAGGCGGAUCUAGAGAGCAUGGGCGGGCGAUACUGA